AUGGCUGAUCUCCCUGCAGCACGUGUCAACCCGGCAGACCCAUUCAGUAAAACUGGUGUCGAUUACGAUGGACCUUUCGAGGUGCUGCAAACGAAAGGGCGGGGCGCCUCAUCAACAAAAGGCUAUGUCGCAGUUUUCGUCUGUCUUAUAACCAAGGCGAUAGACCUAGAACUCGUUGGCGACCUUACCACCGAAAGUUUUCUAGCAGCGUUGACACGUUUUACAGGCCGCCGCGGACGGCCACUCGAAUUAUGGAGCGAUAACGCCACAAACUUUCGUGGAGCAGACCUCGAGCUUCGCAGAUUGUUUCAAGAUGCCAAACUAGACUGGCACAAGGUAGAGGACAGUCUCGCUCAAGAGAGCAUAAGAUGGCAGUUCAUACCACCUUCCGCCCCACACUUCGGCGGGCUUUGGGAGGCCGGAGUCAAAUCCAUGAACCUGCGCCGAGUCGCUGGUUUACGAAAUCUCGUCUAUGAAGAGUUUGCAACUCUCCUAGUGGAAAUUGAAAUGGUGCUCAAUAGCCGUCCACUGGUACCCCUUACCGGCGAUUUGGAGGAUCUCAAUACGCUUACCCCAGGUCACUUUCUAAUUGGCAGGGCACUAAACUCCCUUCCCCAGCCACCAUCGUCCGAUAGGAAUUUGGACCGCCUGUCCCAUUGGUGGUCAAGGGACUACCUCAAUACUCUACAGAAGAGGAGCAAGUGGACAAGAUCACGACCUAAUCUGAAGGUCGGAGAGAUGGUGGUGGUGAUAGAUCCUUCACUACUUGGACCCUCUGGUGGCUGGCCCAUUGGACGCAUCAUGAAAACUCACGGUGGUCCAGAUCAACUUAUACUAGUGGCGACUGUGAAGACACAACGCGGCACAUACACCAGGCCUGUGACAAAGCUGGUUCAGCUCCCCGUCACCACUACAUAA